AUGGUGAAUUUUGUUUCUCUGUAUCCACAGGCGAGUGGGAAUUUUCCGGACCUCAAAUGCAAUAAUAUAUUGCUAGCCGAAAAUCGAGAUGGCAUGGAUAUACAUCCAUACAGUACAUGGACAUUUCGUAAAAAUCCAGGAGAAGCAGCAAAAGUUCAGCUGCUUGCGACGAAGUUUGGAGAGCCUCUCUCUGGUGCUCGAGUCAGACUUGAUCCUUGUAACUGUGAAAAAAUUUUCUCCGGCGGUCCAAAAGUUGGGCAACCUGCAUUAGAUGUUCCUUCUAAUUUAGGCACAGACAAAAACGGACUUGUAACGUUUGACAUUGAAACAAAAGAUCCGAAAAAUAACAGGAGCUAUAUUGAUGGACAGCUUUAUCCUUUUAUGUUCUCUCUUGAGAGUCAAAACAAAAGCUGCUCAAUCAUGUGCGAAAACGAUACUUUGCAGUCGACGCUCCGUAACUUGUUGGUUGUUAUUCAUGUGUGGGAUCAAUACAAGCCCAAAGGGGAGGAGCCUACCUGGCUGGAUGAUGUUUAUCCCAUCUUCAAACAAUACGCUAAUUUAUAUCCAGUAAUGACAGAUAACUUCGUUAAUCUGGGAAAUUAUUACGACGUUAUAAACCACAAAAAUGCUAUACUAAUGAGUCUACAGCUACCCAUCUCUCACCCGAAUCAUAUGCCUGUUUCUCGCGACCUUUCCAAGUCAAAACGUCAGGUCAUUAUAAAAUGGCUAUCCAAAGACAAGCUUCCUUUUGGCGAGCCAAAGAAAUUUUACUCGGUCGAACACCUCCGAAGAGACUUGCAGACUGCUUUAGAAUUAGAGCAUGCAACUAUUCCUACGUACCUUACUGCUUUGGCUUCUAUCAAGUCCAGCUACAACCUCAAAAUCCAAAGAGUAAUGAAGGUAGUAAUAAUUCAAGAGAUGAUGCAUAUGGCACUUGUUGCAAAUAUCCUUAAUGCUGUCGGAGGCGAGCCAUCUCUGUACUCAAAGAACUUCAUUCCCAAUUACCCUUGUCGACUUCCCGGGGGAGUACAGCCAGACCUGAUUAUUCCAAUUGAAAAGCUUUCACUUGGCCUAAUCAGGAACAUAUUUAUGAAAAUAGAAGAGCCCCAGUUAGAACAAGAACGAAUCUCCAGUUUUGAAGAUAUGAUUUCCUCGAUAAAGUACAAAAAGAGUGUGGAAGGAGGCCACUGCCAGAAAAGCGAAAAGACGGAAGACUGCACAAUUCAGGACUCUCAGGAGGAUGAGCCUGAUGAUCGUCCAUCGGGAUGUCCCUUUGCAUUCUCCAGGGAGCAAUUUCUUAAAGGUUAGAAAAUUUAUCCCUAAAUAAACAUUGACAAAUUUCUAUUAAUGAUCUAAAAGAAAUUUAACUGAAUACCAUUGGAAAAGAAUUACAUUUCUGCUUGACGUUGUUCUUUCUAGAAACUAUUUCCUGGUAACCAUCACAGCAGCGAUUAAUUGUCAUCACCUACUUAAAGUAACAGUCUGGUACUUAGUUGCAAAGCUGUCAGCGGUGAUUUAACAAUUAUUUGCCGAAGCCGGAGGUUGAGGAAAAUAAUUGAUCUGCGAGAAACUGCCAUCAAAUCUCUAUAUUUUGCGAUAAGCGAGUUCAAUAAUUGUCUUUUCCAUUCGAUCAGAGAGUUUGUUUUUUAAUGAAUAUCUCUGCCAAGAGUGAUUGUAAGAAGGACAAAAGAGUGGUUUCAUUAGUGUAUGAGCAGAAUAUAAUUUGCAGCCAAAAAUGGUUGGACGACAUUGCACAUGAGCAGACCAUUAUUUGCAGGUCAUGAUAAAAAAGUAUUCUCUUCCAACAGCCUAUGGCUUUAGCUUCUAAACUAUUCCACGAGUGCGCAUUGGAUACGAGAUGGUAGAUAGCCCUAGUUAUCUCAUAUCCAACAAGCGCGACUGGAAUUAUAAUAGUUUUGUUAAAAACGCCCCCAAAAUAUUGGGAACUCUUCCCGAUUUUAUUUGUAAAAACAACCGAUUUUCAUUUUUUUUUUUUUUAAUUUUGAGUAAAAGCGUACUGUUACCAUAUUUGGGGAGCAUGGUAUAAUGGCUUAUUACACCAUAAUGGCUAUGCCAAUCAGAGCUCUAGAAUUGCAUUAUCCAAUGAUUCAACUUUUAAUAAUAGCUAUUAGUAUCUACACACUCAGUGAUCUUGGUGAUUCAAGCAAACUGAUUGGUUCGCUGUUUCGGACUGUGACGUUAUGUUCACCCCGCUAAGCGGUGAAUAUAUAAAAGCAGAAAUCGCUGUCGUGAACAGGAUGUUUUGCCAAAGUUUCAGAAUAAGAACCUUUUGAAAAUACAAGAAUAUCCUAGUGUUGAUGAUUUUGAAGGUAAGAAAAGGCUUCAUGGUGUUUAAACAGCGUGAUUUAUUGUAAAGUGAUUUACCGUUGCUGACCUUUUGUACGAUCGAAGCAAUGUUUUAAUUUUGCAUAUAUUUACAAAUUAAUUUAUGGAGAAAAGAGGAAGGCAAAUAUUUUCGCAAAUUGUACGUGCCAGCAAGUUAACAAGGCAAAGAACACUGCAGAUAAACAAUGCUCACCUCGCUCAUAGCCGCUGUUGACAGCAUUUGCAAGAAGCGACACAAAAGACUUUCUCAUUCACGGUGAGUUGACAGAAACAAAUAAAGCUCUUCGUUUCCUCCCUGAAAAAGGGGUAGUAAAUUCGAAAGUUUAUUAUAAAAACUCUCGACGUUUUCUUUUAAACCAUUGAUGCUAAAGCUUACAAAGAGUUAAAACUGUGAUUUGCCAUGUGUAAAGAUACCAGCUUUUGCCCAUCUACUGUCUAGGGCUACGUGUUCACGCGUGUGCACCCGUCAAUCGAACUAAUCGUUUUUUUUUUAAUGAUUUUCUUUCUGAUUCCGUCGAGAUCACUUCGUGUGAAUACACUGAAACAAUUAUGUUGUUGAAAAAUCCCCUCGACGUAGUCUCGGGUAAUAUUCAAUCUAAGAGAAUUGCUUUGCAUAGAUUUUAAGGUUCGCCAACUGCGAGGUAUGGUUGAUCCGGUAAGUCACCAUCUAGAGGAACUCAUCCAAGAAGAAGGAAACAAGGAAGAAAAGAAACAGGUAAAUACAUUCUUGAAUACUUCACUUUUAUUGGCACUUAAGUAUCUAAUUUGAUUAAUACUUGAACUCACUACCGCAGAUAUUAUUAGUAGAGGAAUAAUGAGAGUUUUAGGACGAAGGCUAUCCACCGAUAGAUUUCCCAGGGAAAGCCUUCUAAUUUUCAAGAAGACUUGCAGAUACAGACAGGCUGCAUCUCAUUAAUAUUCCACCAGUUCUAUUUAUAGGUUAAGGUUAGUGUUAGUCAUGUGAUUAAUUCUCUGACGUACACGCAAAUCCAUACCCCCACCGUGGUACAAGGGAGGGGGGGGGGUGGAUAGACCCCUCUCCCCUCCCCUAGAGUUUUUGAUAUGUUGCAGUAUUUCGAAACGAUUUUACCUUCAGUGGAAAGCCUUUGAUCUUCUCUACAAGAUGAGGUAUAUUUUGUGGGAGAUGGCGCCGCUGAGGGCCUGUGACGUCCCCAGUAAGGGUCGCCAUCUUGCCUGCCAUCUUGGAUUUUACCAAGAAUUAGAAAUCAGGUGAUUUUUUUUGUGCUUGACAUGAAAAAUAACAUAAAUAAGCACUUUGCACGAUUUUAGCCACAAGAUUUACUUUUAUUUUUGAAAAAAGUUGAAAAAACAUGUACUUCACUCAAAAAAUGGCUUGACCAACUCCUACUUUAAUCUGACGUCAUAUCUCGUAACCAUAGAAAGCGAUAAUAAUGAUAAUAAUAAUUGUAAUAAUAAUAAUACAAUAUUUUAUGAGCGCUAGUUCCCAAUGGUCCGAAAACGCUUUACAUAAUAAGCAUUAAGUAAAAAUAAAGAGAUCCCCCUAACAAAAACUAAAUUAAAAUCCUAUAAAGCUACAUUAUCGACCUUUAAAACAUCAGCAUUCUAUAAGACAGCAUCGUGAGAAAGUUCUAAAAAGCCAAGUCUUAUGCAUAGACUUAAAAGAAGAAAGGGAAUUACAAAUUCUAACUCGAAUGGAAGUGCAUUCCAAACAGAGGGUGUAUUAAUAGUAAAAUACCGGCCACCAUAAGUCUUAAGAUUAAAUUUAGGUGAAGAAAGUAACAAUUGAUUAGAGGAUCUAAGAAGUCUACCAGGUGUAUAAGGCUUGAUAAGAUCAGUAAUGUAGUUAGGUACAGCACCAUGAAGAGCCUUAUAUGUAAUCACCGCAAUUUUGAAAGUUAUCCUAUAUUCAAUAGGUAACCAAUGAAGCUGGAUAAGCAACGGCGUAAUAUGUUCAUGUCUACUAGUAAGGUGAAUAAGCCUAGCAACACUAUUUAGGACAUACUGCAAACUUCUAAGAUACACUUUGGCUGACCGUAGAGCAACGAGUUACAAUAGUCGAUCCUUGCAGUAACAAAUUAAAGGCAUGAAUUAGAGCUUUGCAUGUAUCGUGAGAAACAAAAUAGCGAAUAUUAAAAUAUUGCGUAGAUGAAUAAAAAAGAAGACUUGCAUACAGCAGUAACUUGCGGAACCAUCGAUAGAGAGUUAUUUAAAAUAACCCCGAUAUUUUUAGCAAUAGUUGAAGUCAACAGUGUCAGAAGCAAUCACCAGGUUAUUUUAUCGCAGGACGUGUGGGGGAUACGAGGCGUUCUAGUUCAUAAUCAUCGGGUGCUUAGUGAGAAAUCAGCCUGAAGGUGUUCUUCAUACGUUCUUAAACUUUGUUUCAGAAAUACUACACAUAACAUGUUACUAGGGCUUUAGUUAGCUUAUUUUAUCAUAAAUAAAUAAGUAAGUAAACAUAUCAGCCAAUUUUUAUAAAAUGAAAAUCUGUCAGGUAGAAAACUAGUAAACAUUAACGAGUAGAAAUGUAACAUUAGUUUCAGCAUUUUUAAAAUAAUUCUUACAGUCAUGCUAACUCAACCGGGGCCACCAUUGACUUGUCAGCCAAUCAAAUUUGGUUUCAUGUAGUAAAGACUCCAACGGCUAUGCAACCAGCAGUCAAUCACAUUGAAGGUUCGGAUUUGAAAUUGAUGUAAAAACGUAAUAAGCCAAUCCGGAAGCUCUAGCAAGGGUGGCCCCUCUUGAGUUAGCAGCUUUGAAGUUCUUUAGACCAGUUGCACGUACCUAUACCCUACCCCUUGUAUCACCCACUAAUGUAAUAAUCAACCAUUAUUGCAACACUAACUACUAAUGUAAUAAAUAUCAACCACUAAUGUAAUACUAACCAUUCAUGUAAUAAAUAUCAACCACUAAUGUAACAAAAUGUAAUAAUUUUUUAACCUUUAAUGUAAUAAAAAACUUAACACUAAUGUAAUAACACUACGACUAUUAAUGUAACAAACUCAAAGAGAACAGCUGAUUCGUUAUUUAGAAUUAUUAGGAUUUAUAAAAAAAUCAUGUGACCUCCUGCUUUGAUGUCAGGCAUGGCUGUUUCAACGCAACAAGGUCACUCAACAUAGUCACUUUCAGACUGGGUGUUAAAACUUCCCCACAAGAGAUUAUCACUGUGCAGGUGUCUCUGUGCUUGAAGAAAUAGCGAAGGAAUCGAGUGAAGAAAUAGAAGCUUCCAGGUCACCAUCCUCUGCCGCCAUUCUGUUUAAAUUUUGGCGCGAGAGUAGCAAUCUCUGACCCAGAGCUGUCACCCACGUCCAUCCAAGCUCCGUACUAACUCCGCUGAUCAGCAGGUGCAAUAGCCGUAUAUAUUUUUGAAGUUGUAUAGGCAUAAAUAUAUUAUGCAAUGGUUCGAAUAUGUUUUAUUAGGCAUAAAUAUAUCAUGCAAUGGUACGAAUAUAUAUUUAUUAGAACCAAUGUAAAUUGAAUGACAAUAAUGUCGCUGGGAAUUAAUUUUGCGAUUUUCAGAAAGUACUCAGUAUCCUACAUUGAUAAUAUUUUCGUUUUUGUUAAGCAAGUGCAAUAGCGUACUGUGUAAAACCAGUGGCUCAUUGUAGCGUUUUGUUUUUGAAUAAAAGAGGCAAGUUGUAAUUGAGCAAACAGAUUUCUUAGUACUGUGUACAUUGUAUAUACCUGGAUGUUUGAAAACCGGGUUAGCAAAAAUAUCAACUCAUUCUACUACUUGGCAAUUUAAAACAACAAAACUCAUUCAAAGGCCGAUUAAAAAACUUCAUCUGACGCUGUGCAGUAAGUGAAUGGUGCCUAGAAGCAUUCCAGCGACUCCAAAUUUAAAAUGAUGCAAAUUUUAGAACAUUUAUUCAUGUCAUUUCAGUCUAGAAAUUUUUAAGUUGAGUGAACCGCAGCGAAAGAGUGCCUGGUUAAGGCUUACAUAACAACGUCAAUAGUUAGAAGAACACUACUUUUUUCGCGGUCCGAUAAACGACAGGAUUUCGCAUGGAAUAGACAACGAACUGAAUGAAACAUAGUACACAAAUUAUCACCUUCCUAUCUACAAAACCGGCCUACGGUGCAAUGCCAUUAGAACCCGCUGAAACUAGACCUAGAUCCAAUUUUCCUUAGUCGAGAGUUGCUUUCCAAGGUACAAUCAGCUACGCUAAACACCGACGAAACGUUUUUAUGGCUGGCACAGAAUAUUUUGGCGGAAACGCAGUUCAACCACGCUAUCCCAUACUUGCCAACACCAUGCGGAAAACAUACAAUCACACACUUUCGCGGCACUGAUAAGACUAUCCACGACCACGCAUAAUCUUCUCAAGUUUAACACAAGUGAAAUAUCAUCGAAUAACCCGGAAAACUCCGCCUAUUGGCAUAUAAACAUCUAUUUGAUAUUUGGUAUAGCAGGUUAGAUUAAAGGCAUCCAGAGGCUGAUGUGGGCUCUAGGCUCUUCUCUUACAGCAUGAAAUGCUGCAAAACGUGAACUCUUGUGGGGAAAUUUUUUAUCACCCAGUCUGAAAGUGACAAUGUUGAGUGAUCUUGUUGCUUUGAAACAGCCGUGCCUGACAUCAAAGCAGGAGGUCAUAUGAUUUUUUUCCUUCAACCAGCUGCAGCAUUAACAUGAUCCUCUGGAGCAUAAAAUCCUAAAGACACCCAUGGCAACUGUUAUAGUUUUGGAAAUGUCUAGCAGCAACCACAGUUACAUUGCUUUCUUAUUUCGACACCCUCUCCCUUAUUAUAUAAGAGCAUGUUUUGUUUAUCAGGCAGAACUGGUUCUUAUAUACAGCUAUUUCGAAAAAGGUUGUCGGAAAAAGUGCACGCGACAAUCCCGAAAGGUAUUGUGGAUGGUUUUUAGUUCACUGUUUUUCAAAGAAAUUUGAGAUAAUGGCAAGAGAGGCCAUGGACUUAUGUUUGCGAAUGCUAAAGGAAAGCAACAAAAGUAGGUUCGACAGCUACAGUGUCAGGAACAGUGUAUUGAUCAUAUCCUAAAUAAUUUUCGGGAUAAUCGCGUGCACAGUUUUUCCGACAACCUUCUCGAAAUAACUGUAUAUGGUGGUUUAGGGGACAAAUUUCAGCCUGAUGUUCUUAAUCCAUUUGUUCUUAUAUACUGGUCUUUACUGUACUACAUGCAUCGGAAAGUGAAAGAGAGAGACGCACACUCUCAAGCCACACUCACUCAAACCUCACUCUAGCAAAAAAGACCUCGGUGCAACCACCGAGCAGUAAUUAUAAUAUAUUCGUUGAUGUAUACGUUCAGCUCCUUUGGGAGAAUUUCCUCUCACGUAGUCUUGAUUCGCUCCUCGGCGUCAGAAAUUGUUUGAGGAAGCAAAUCGAACUUCUAUUGAGUUUUCUUUUUUUGUAGUUCUUGAUUUUUCUUUUUUCAUUUUCUUGAUUCUCCAUACAUUUUUUUGAUGGAUUAAUUCAGAGAACCUUCAAGCCAUGAUUCUGUAAAACGUUGCAAGAGUUCACUUUCCUUCACCUAGUCGUGGUAAGCCGAAAGGUGGGAAAGCUUAUACGAAAAAUUCCGUAUGCGUCCCGUGAUUGGUCAUACCGUAUUUCCACCAGUGACAAAAAUCGUAUUGCCAAUAUAAUUGCUUCUCUUUUGACAGACCAUUUUUAUUUGAAAACUUUAAUUUCUUUAGAUUAAAUAUUUGAACUGAUCUAACAAUAUGUAUUUAUUAAAAUGAAGAUGUAUUUAAUCGAAUGUUUUGUGUCAGCGGAAUUCCUAAAAUUUAGAAAAAUCACUGGAUUUUGAAAACUGUUUUCAACUGGAUUUUACUGUAGGUUUUUCUUUCUUUUCUUUCUUUUAAUUUGGCCUUGGCCAGUCACGACCGGUCAAAGGCGGUUCAACUCAAGGUCAAAGUAAGAAAAAAAAAAGACAGUUCAGUCUGGUUGAAAACAGUCUUCAAAUUCCAGCUUGAACCAGUCAAAACCGGUUUUUCCCGUUAAAAAUGUGCUGAGUCAGAAAAAAAACCAAGAAAGAAUGAAAAUGUCCCGGUACCCCUUAUUACCAUACUACUCUGGCGAUUCAUGUGUCACGGGACUUUCUCUGAUGCAUUUCUGUUUUACUGCACCAAAUGAUUGUGAAGAAAGUGAACAUAAAACGGUCAUGGGUUACGUCCUCUCAUUAUCAUCUUCCUAUUUAUUUGUGUAUUUAUUUAUUAUUUUUAGCAUAGAUACUUUCCGGGCGAGGACAUACAAAUCGUGAAGCAUCAAAACACUAUCGGGGCUUUCUACAAUCACAUUUUUGACGCCCUUAGCAACCUUACUGACUGUGGAAAGAACAACAGUAUAUUCACCGGCAAUAGAAGCAGACAGGUAACUUUAAGCGGAUGGUCUGUGCACGGACACACCAUAGAGGUGCACAACUACUUAACAGCUGUGGACGCCAUUAAAGAAAUCAUUGAACAGGGUGAAGGUAGUUCUCCGUGCAACCCGGUUGCCUGGGAUACUGGAAGUAAGAAGGACCUAUCGCAUUAUUUUAUGUUCUACUCAGUUGCAGAAGAACACGAGAUUAAUGUGGUAGAAACAAACGCGUCUCUAGACGGUAGCGAGGACGACGGUGUGACAGAUUUCAUUAAGGUGGGUAUGAUUUUUCAGCAGACAAGAAAUACGAAAAUAGGGUAGAGUGGAGCAUACACCCAGGGAGCCCUAAGGAACAGGAUAUUUGUCCCCUGAAAUGCAACUUAGUGUUCAACAUAGAUAACUGAUCUCUUAGGGGGGUGUCCCUGGAAUAGAAGUGAGGUUCCACUGCACUCAGUAAGUAUCCUAGCCAUGUAUGUGCGAAAAUAGAAGAACAAACCAUACCUAAUCAAAUUUACAUAUCUUGCACUGGACCUGCACUGGUAUUCGACAUCCUCUAGAAUUGCCUACCUGGACGAUGAAUAUGAGCAAAUUUACUAGAUAAACAGACCGUUCUCUAAUGUAUGUCGAGUUCCGAUCUAGUUCUGCGGCACUGUCAGUGCUAUUCCCUAAAAUAAUAGUUUUAUGCUUGCCUGUCCCGCUGUAUUUUCCCCCUCAAGGCAGCUAUUCUUCUCCUUCUCAUUUUUCCCUUUAUUGCUUCAACUGACAAGUAUGAUUUUUGUGUAUUGAGGCUUUUUAAAAUAGCUCAUCCACACUUGACGUACAGAAAGAUCAAAGCAACUGUAUUUCUUUUUACUAAUGGUCAAAGAAUCUUUUUUCCAUGAUGUAUUAGAAUAAGUAAAUAUGAAGCUUAUAUCCUUUAUAGCUUUGUAACGGCACAUACUACUUCAACGGCUCCAAGAUUUCUUUUGAUCCAGAAGGUGUUUGGCCCAUGGUUCCCAAUCCCCGAAUGUCUAAGUACAAGAAAGGGUCCAAUGCAUAUUGGCAAGCAGAAAGAUUAAAUAAGGUGUACACUAAGCUACUACAAUCGCUGGAUAAUGUCUUUAACGGCCAUCCCGAGACCUUAAAAGAUGCCCUGGGUCUCAUGUUUUCUGUUGACCUUCAUUUGAGAAACCUGCUGGCCACGCCUAUUGAUGACAAUGGAGAUCCUGAUGUGGGGCCAAAUGCUGGCCCUACUUUUGAUUUUACACCCUAA